AUGGCCGACACCCACACUUACGAGUUCAACAUCGCCAUGAGCUGCGGAGGCUGCUCUGGCGCCAUCGAUCGCGUCCUCAAGAAGCUCGAUGGUGUCGAGAGCUACGAGGUUUCCCUCGAGAACCAAUCCGCCAAGGUCGUCACCGCCCUCCCCUACGAGACCGUCCUCCAGAAGAUCGCCAAGACCGGAAAGAAGGUCAACUCAGCCAAGGCGGAUGGUGUUGAGCAAUCCGUCGAGGUUGCUGCCUAA